CCACCGAUUAGUUGGCGGUACUACUUUUUUUAAAUCUUAACCUGACCUAAUAAAACCUAAACUAACCUUACCUAACCUAACCUAACACGAUAUUAAAAACCCUUAAAGUCUCUAUCUAAACCUUAUAACAUAUUUCUAACAAAGUUAAAAAAUGAGCUCCGCCAACUAAUCGGUGGAGAAUAACGUUUAUCCUGGAUUUCUAACCUUGCUCUGGCCCAGCAAGGCCCAUCUAUCUAUCCAUCCAUCUAUCCAUAUAUCUGUUGACCGGGGCCAAGAUCCUGGAGGGGUCGUAAGAGCACAUCAAAGUUAGCCCGGGCAGAAUCACUCCAUGGGGGCGCCGUGAUUCCCGUUCCUUCUGCCGUUGGUCAGCAUGAGCUCGGACCGGCAAUCGGGUCCGUUAAGCCCGCAUCUGCAUACGGACGAGUGCAAUCGCAUCAUCGAGGCCAUGUAUCGUUGCUUCGAUGAGCGCUACUUGGUGACCCGCUUAUUCGGGAGUUGUGAUCAGGAGUUCAUGGCCAUGAAACGUUGCACCCGCGCCGAAAGAAUCGCGCGCCACCAAAAACACAAUGCCGACGCGGCCGAAAAGCGGGCGCGCCGGCAAGAAGCCCAAACCCAAGAAACCCGGCAACGAAGUUUGGACGAGAUCCUAGAAAGCAUCAAAAGCAAACGGAACAAACGGGACACGCCUAACUAACCCGUAACAG